UAACAGCGUGUUGGCUAACCGUUGAUAAUAUUAAUCAUUUUCCAUGACUUCCACAAAUGGUACAUGUUGUAAUUCGGUCGUUACAUUUUAACAAGAUUUGUGUAUCCGAAACAGAAAGGUAAUUAGGAGAGCUUCCUGUAUAAACGUUUGUUAUUGUUAGUGUUUGCAUUAUUAUUAAACAUCAGAACCAACGAUGUGUAGUUUGUAUUUAGCGGACAGCCUUGAAUGUUGAACUGCAGAAUAAAAUAUUAAGCUUCAAAUUAUUUCUCUUGAUUCGCGCGUGAAAACCCGCAGCGACAAGAUGGGAGCGACGACCGUAGUUGCCAUCAUCCCGCUGUUCCUCCUCCACCGGCUAACAACCCACGCCACUCCCAUCGCCUCGGUGAAUGUACACAAUUUCGAAGACGACUGGGAUUACAAAAUCCAGCCUCACAGUGAACCUCUCAUCGGCGAAGUGACCCACAACCACAUCUUACCACCAGAAAUCAAGGUUGACGUUCCUGACACGAAAUUUGUGCAGUCAUCGUCGUCUGUACCCGAACGUGUGGCCAAGAAACUAGGAGAUGCUGUGAGAUCCAGAGUGUCGUGCUCCGUAUGCCGCCUAGGCGUAGGCCUCCUCCAGCGAGAAGUCCGAAAAAACACCAGCUUCGAAAACAUAAGGACCCAGUUUGUGGGCCUGUGCGUGGCUUUCAAAGUCGAGAGUGAGUCCGUGUGUACCGGAGUUUUCGAUGUUUUCGGCCCUGACGUUCUUCCGGCACUCAAGGCAGUGCGAAUCGGUGCUGACGAGGUUUGCGCUCUGUGUCUCGGGGAAGUUUGCGGUGACGUCAAAAAUCCCCUCCAUCAGUGGGAGGUGCAGUUCCCCGAAGUUCCGAAACCGGUUACCCGUGAGCCCGACCUUCCCAAACCAGGUUUACCAACUUUCAAAGUUUUGCACUUGUCGGAUACCCACUACGACCCUGACUACGUCGUAGGCAGUGCGGCCAACUGCGAAGAGCCUUUGUGUUGCAGGAGCACCAGCACUCCGCCACUGACAGCGGAUGUAGUACCAGCCGGGAAAUGGGGGAGCUACGAAAAGUGUGACUCCCCCAAGGUUCUGCUCGACAGUAUGUUGAAGAGCAUAGCGCGGGACCACCCUGAUAUAGACUACAUUUUAUGGACCGGUGAUCUACCUCCGCACGACAUCUGGAAUCAAAGCAAAUCUAGCAAUUUAGACAUUAUUCAGGAAACUGUGGAGCAAAUGUUCGAGGUUUUCCCCAACACGCCCAUUUUCCCAGCGUUGGGCAACCACGAGUCGAUUCCGGCUGGAAGUUUCGCUCCACCGUGGGUCCAUGAUCCUGACCAUUCCGUCUCCUGGUUGUACACCAAGGUUGCCGACCAUUGGAGGAAGUGGUUGCCUGCGAGCGUCGGAAACACGGUACUCCAUGGAGGUUUCUACUCCAUCUUGUUGCGACCAGGGUUCAGGAUUAUUUCACUCAACACCAACUACUGUCAUACGUUGAGCUGGUGGCUGGUGGUCAAUAGCACGGACCCUGCUAAAGAGUUACAAUGGCUCAUCCACGAGCUCCAGGAAGCGGAGAACAAAGGCGAGAAAGUACACAUCAUAGGCCACAUUCCACCAGGAGCUUCCGACUGCAUGAAAGUGUGGUCUAGAAACUUCAACGCGAUCGUCCAGCGGUACGAAAACACGAUUCAAGGCCAGUUUUAUGGCCACACGCACGCAGACGAGUUUGAAGUUUUCUACGAAAUGGAAGCGAAAGAAACUAACCGAGCGGUAGGGGUUGCUUAUUUAGGACCGUCAGUCACGACGUACGAGAAUCAUAAUCCCGCUUACAGAAUCUACUACGUGGACGGCGACCACGCGAACAGUACCAGGGAAGUACUUGACCACGAAACCUGGACGAUUGACUUAGAAGAGGCCAACAAAAGCGAAGAUGAACCAACGUGGUACCGUUUGUACUCGGCUAAAAACUCUUAUCAGAUGGAGUCGCUCCGGCCCAAAAGCUGGGCGAAACUGGUCGACGACCUCGUCAACAACGCAGAUUUGUUCGAGUUGUUUUAUAAGUACUAUUAUCGUGACAGUCCGGUGAGACCGACGUGCGACGCCAAGUGUAAACUUCAGAUUUUGUGCGAUUUGAAGAGUGCGAGGUCGCACGAAAGGCACAAGUUGUGCCACGAUUUAGAAAUAGCUUUUAGUAGUUAAAUAAAGUACUAAGUACAUCCAA